AUGGGAUCGAAGCAUCCUCCUCAAGAACUCUAUAAACGCUCUGGACGUGUGGCGUGGCAGGAACCGAAGCGUCGCCACUCAGCCUCCAAGCGUACGCUGUCCUCGGAUGCACCGCAAAAAGGCUCGUUGGACGCUCGACGCAAGCGCGAGUUAAAACGAGACCACACAGGCCACAAACGACGCCGACUUGCGGCCGAUGGUGGCGCCUUCGCUGGUGCAACAAGAGCUCUAGAAGCGCCGGCAGCUCGCCAACGCAACAACAACUCCAGAAAUGCCUCGGGCACUUCGGGACUCUCUGAAGACUACGAGACUGAAACCAGUCUCGUGGACUUGGAUCCAGUCGCGGCACAUCAGCAAGAGCUGGUCAACCUUCAGAAGCAGGACCCUGAAUUCUAUGCCUAUUUGCGAUCACAUGACGAUGCGCUGUUGCGGUUCGGCGAAAGUGAGGCAAGCAAGGCAACCGUGGCCGAUGGGAACGCUAGCAGCAGUGCCGAAUCCGACCAGGCGAGCGCAGCGUCAGACGCGUCCAGCUCGGCAUCGGGACCUGCAGAUCAUGCCACAAGCGACACAUACGAAGCGCAUCGCCUCGAUGCUCUAGAGCAGUCUGCGACACGUCCCACGCGACAUGACGCCAAACGAUUGCGCCUCGACGUAUCCUGGAUACAGCGCAUACGCCGCGAACUUAUGCGCCCGUCGAAACGCAUGGCCGCCUUGCGAAGGCUGGUCAGCGUGCUCUCUCACCUGGUGCGUGAACGGGAUGUACCAGCUGGGAACAGCGACCAGGCGCGGAUCGGAUCGUUUGCUGAUGCUGAUGCAAGACAUCGUGUCAUGCUCUUCGCUAUUGUAGCAGUGCCCGCUGUGCUGCAGCGCCACCUGGGAGCCAAACUGCGUGACCUGGAUCCCAACGAUCCAGAGUGGCAGCGAUACCGGCGGCUCAUGCUCUCAUAUGGAAUGUGCUUUUCUUCCUUGUUCGCGCUGGUUCGGGAUCCACUGACCAAGUGCUACUUGAUUCGUCGAAUUGAAAAGCUUGCACAUUUUCUACCACUCUUGCCCAAGUGGAGCAAGACCCUGAUCCGCGAUCUCACUAUCAUCUGGGCUCGCCCUGAGGAGCUCAUCAUGAUUCGCUCGCAGGUGCAUGCGACGCUACGCGCCUUGCUCGGCAACCUUCAACCGUGUAUCGCACAGGUCGUACUGCGGGAAUGCUAUCGGACGUUCACGCAAACAUUUAAGAGCCGGAAUCCGCGAACAGCAGCGUCGAUGGAUUUCUGCCUACAAAGCGCACGGGAGCUUUUCGCCGAGUCCGGUGAUGCAUCCUACCGCGUUGCAUUCGGUGAAGUUCAGGAACUGGGUUUCCAGGUGCGCAAAGCACUGUCAUCUGGUCGAGGUUGCGAUUGCGAGGCCAUUCUGAACUGGUCCUUCAUCCAUGCUGUUGAAUGGUGGUCCCAUGUUCUUGCCGUUCACGAGCAACUGGCAUCGCUUCGCUUCCCGUACCUGCAAAUCGUGCUCAUUCUGAUUGACGGCCUGCGGAGCGCGCGCCUAUUCGGGGCACGCUUUGCCUGCAUACGUGCGCUUCUUCGUCUCGCUGGAGAGGUGCAUAGCUAUGUCCCACUCUGCGCGUCCUUGCUCGAAAUGCUCGGCCAAGUUGAAUGUGAUCGAACGACAAAGGGCGCAGCCCGGCGCGAGGUGCCCGUCAUCGACUGGCCUCGUCUGCUUCGCAUCCAGGAUGCGGUGCUUCAAAGCAGCAAUUUCGGUGAAGCUGUUGUAGACGAAGUUGUCUACUCGCUCUUGAAUUGGUUGACGCUCUACGUACGAGAAUCGGCGUUUCCCGAGUUGGCCUUCCCAAUCCAGAAGCAGCUCAUUCGCUUACUGCGUUCCAGCAAAUCGAGAUUCCUGCGCGAACGCCUCGUUGUUUUGGUUGCACGCCUGAAGGACGACAUCGCUGCGAUUUCGAACUGGCGCCAAGCCAACGACGUCGGAGCCGCCAUGAAGGUACCGAAUUUUGUAGUCAUUCGUCUGGAGCAGUUGCUAGCCGCAGAGCGUGAAAAACGCGCGCGUGUUCAGCCGACGGGGAUCAUCAUCCCCGAGCCAGAUUCGAUGGCGUCAGAGUCACCAGCAGCGCACACCGAGGAGCAACCUCGUGACCAUCUACGUGUCACGGAUGAGCUGUUGGCACAAACCGACGACAUUCUGCUCGAAUUUCACCUUGAUGAAGACGGUGAAACGGAACCAGAUGCCAUGGCUAUUGAUACUAAGGCAAACGUGCAUCUUUCUUAA